GCUCAACUCCAACAUUCGCAGGGUAGAACAUCACGACGCACGGAAGCGUGGGAAAAAAAGAAAUGGAUAUGGUAUAUAAGGCUUCCGGGAGGACAGAGAUGCUCGCUUCUCCACCACCACGUACCGUCGUUCCUUUGUUGCCUCGCUUUCCGCCGGCCACUCUUUCAGUUGGUCUGUUCGACGCUACGUAAACCGUCCCCUGUUCCACGGCUCGCAACAUGGUGCGCCACAACGAACUCAAAACAGGGCCCUCCGUCACCAUUCACCAGGAACAGGCUUCUUCUCCAACCAUCCGCAAGCCGAAACAACGUAAAUCGAGGCCAUGGGCACCAUAUGUGGAAGACUUCGAUCGCAUCCUUCGGCACCAAUACCCUGGGAAGGGAACUUCGGAAGACCCGUACGUCGUAGACUGGUUGGACGCCGACGAAGGCUACGGGCGUGACCGCGAAAAUCCAAUGAAUUGGCCUUCGAGUUAUAAGUGGACCUUGACAUUGAUCGUGGCCGUGGCCACCCUUGCUGUCGGGUUCUGCUCUAGCGCGUAUACUGGAGCUGUGAAAGGGAUCAUGGCGGAAUUCCAUGUAUCCACGAGAGUGCUCACUCUCGGUGUCGCCAUGUUCGUGCUGGGAUUCGCACUUGGGCCCCUGAUUUGGGCUCCUUUCUCCGAAGUCAUUGGUCGCCGUCCUCUGUUUGUGUACACUUACUUCGCUCUCACCGCUUUCAACGCUGGAGCAAGUGAAUCCCCAUCGAUGACUGCUCUCAUAUUGCUCCGCCUGUUUGCGGGUUCCUUUGGCUCUUCUCCGCUGACGAAUGCCGGAGGCACCAUCGCCGAUAUCUUCCACGCUGACCAGCGUGGUGUCGCGAUGGCCAUCUUUGCUGCCGCCCCUUUCCUCGGACCCGUCAUUGGUCCUAUCGUCGGCGGCUUCGCUGGCGACUCAAUUGGCUGGCGGUGGGUUCACUGGAUCAUGACGAUCUUCACGGGAGUCAUGUUUCUCGUUGGCACACUGUUCCUGCCCGAGACAUAUGCGCCGGUCCUCCUUCGGAAGCGUGCAAAGAUCUUAUCUCUAACCACCGGCAUGGUUUACAAAUCAAAAUACGACGGCAAAGAACCUUUCCGCUUCGGCAAGCUCAUGAAGACGAGUCUGUCUCGCCCGUGGGUCCUAUUGUUUCGCGAGCCGAUCGUCUUCAUUCUGUCCAUCUAUUUGGCAAUCGUGUACAUGACGCUGUACUUGAUGUUCGGUGCUUUCCCCAUCGUGUUCCAACGCGGGCGCGGAUGGAGCGGUGGUAUCGGCGGGCUGGCUUUCAUCGGAAUUGCCAUCGGCAUGGUUUUCGCUGUUACGUACGUUCUCAUUGACAACAAGCGGUACAUCGCCAUGAACAAAGGCGGUAGGGCGGCGCCAGAGGCACGGCUACCGCCUGCUAUAGUUGGGGCAGUGGCCAUUCCCGUGGGCCUCUUUUGGUUUGCGUGGGGCAAUGACCCUUCUCUUCACUGGGCCAUCCCGAUCUCCGCGUCAAUUCCCUUCGGUUUCGGCAUGGUUCUGGUUUUCUUGGCAUGCAUGAACUACUUGAUUGACAGUUAUGUCAUCUACGCGGCGAGUGUUCUGGCUUCCGCUGCCGUCUUGCGAUCGAUUUUCGCGGCCAUCAUGCCACUAUUCACAGCCGACAUCUAUCAGAGUCUGGGUAUCCACUGGGCGUCAUCGAUUCCCGCAUUCUUGGCUCUGGUCUGUAUGCCAUUCCCGUACCUCUUCUGGAAGUACGGAGCAUCGAUCCGCACCCGGUGCAAGUACGCGUCGGAGGCCGCCGAGUUCCUUGACAGGAUCAACGGAGUGACGCGGGAAGAUAAGAACGCAGGCGCGGACACGAGUCCAAAGGUCAGGGAUGAGGAGAAUGCCAAGGAGGAGGAGGAGAAGGAUUCAGCUACAGAUAUACAUCCACCGCCGUUGGCCGUUGUUAACGGCAGCUUGCCACGAUCGCAUCCGCUUGACUCUGAACGCACGCUCGACUCUGAACGCACACUGUUCGGUAUCGCGGAUAUUACAACCGAAGAUGAGGAAUUAGCUUACGAAGCUGGUGCCAUUGAUCGUGUAUAACAAGAACACACCCUCGACCUAACUUGGUGCCCGAAGUAUACACCAACAACAAGUAGCCGGCGCAACCCGCUGUACCACUGUCUACUCGUGCUGGAAUAUCCACCCUUGUGGAUCCUGGUACUUGACAGUCGGCGUAUCUCAAGGUUGCGGAGCCGUGAUAACAUCGCGGCUCGGAUGAUCAGAGACAAUACUUCACGCUAGCGGGUCAUUCCGUCUCCCACCACCACACAGGCUAGCUUGCGCGCUGAACUCGGAACACGAACGACAAGAGUUGUCUGUAUCUGAUUCAAUCCCAAUUUUGUACAGUGUAAUAAUUUAUAUACAACUUAUAUAUACU